AUGGUAACUGUCGAAUUAAAAUUAGACGAGUUGACCCAUAGAGUUGGGGGAGGCAUAAGUGAAAUUUGUACCUUUUGUGAGGUAAGAUGUUCAUCUUUAAAUGAAUAUAGCUAUGCGGAAUAUUGUGAACCGGAAAACGUAGUAGUAGUAUAG